AUGGCUAGCGAGGCGGGGGCGGAGGGGAGCCGGUGCACCAGAGCGCAGCAAAAAAAGGAUUUGGCGAUCCCCCUUCCGCUCGCGGGCCGGGGCGGGCGGGCGCGGCGCGCCCUGGGUCCGCGUGCCGGCCUUUACUUUGUUGCCCUAAAUUGUCUUUCAGAUCGGUUGUAUUUUGCUACUUUACGAAAUAAACCCAAAAGUACAGUAAACACGCACUACUUCUCUACUGAUGAGGAGCUGGUCUAUGAAAAUUUCUAUGGAGAUUUUGGACCUUUAAAUUUGGCGAUGUUGUACAGAUAUUGCUGUAAGCUGAAUAAGAAAUUAAAGUCUUUCAGUCUAUCGAGAAAGAAAAUAGUUUACUACACCAGUUUUGACCAGCGGAAACGAGCAAAUGCAGCAUUUUUAAUAGGUGCAUAUGCCGUGAUAUACUUGAAGAAAACACCAGAAGAAGCUUACAGGACACUUUUAUCUGGAUCUAAUCCACCAUAUCUUCCGUUUAGGGAUGCUUCAUUUGGGAACUGCACGUACAAUCUCACGAUCUUGGACUGUUUACAGGGAAUAAAUAAGGCCUUGCAGCAUGGAUUUUUUGACUUUAAGACAUUUGAUGUGGAUGAGUAUGAACACUAUGAGCGAGUAGAAAAUGGUGACUUCAACUGGAUUAUUCCAGGAAAAUUUUUAGCAUUUAGUGGACCACACCCAAAAAGCAAACUUGAAAAUGGUUAUCCUCUUCAUGCACCUGAAGCCUACUUUCCUUAUUUCAGGAAACACAAUGUCACAUCAAUCAUAAGACUAAACAAAAAAAUCUAUGAGGCAAAACGCUUUACGGAUGCUGGUUUUGAGCAUUUUGACCUGUUCUUCAUAGAUGGAAGCACGCCAAGUGACAGUAUAGUUCAGAGGUUCUUGAACAUCUGUGAGAAUGCUGAAGGUGCUAUUGCUGUACAUUGUAAAGCAGGCCUGGGGAGAACAGGAACACUGAUCGCCUGUUACAUAAUGAAACACUACAGGUUCGCACAUGCCGAAGCCAUUGCUUGGAUAAGAAUAUGCCGACCAGGCUCUAUUAUAGGACCACAGCAACACUUCUUGGAAGAGAAGCAAGCAAUGUUGUGGCUGCAGGGAGACCUCAUCCGAUCAAAACAGAAACAACGAGUAGUCAACGAUGGAAACAUGAACAGAGUUCUCUGUGGCUUGGAUGAAAUUUCAAUCAGUGGCAGCUUUAAUAAGGUACAGGAGUUGGAUCAAUAUGGGGAGAAUGAUUCUGAAGACAAAGCAGGUAUGGAAACUAAAAACGGCAUGACACAGGGAGAUAAACUUCGUGCCUUAAAAAGUCGGAGACAACCACGCUCUGCUACGACUGGAGCUCUGAGGCUGGAAGAAAUGAAACUGCACACCAGGUCAAUAUCGCAACCUCUCAGACUGAAUACUUCAGGUAGUACAGAAGGAUCCAUGUCUCCUCUGAAGGCCUCCAGAGUGAUGGCAGUUAUUUCACCAUCUGCAAAAAGAAUAAACAGGACUCCCACAUCCUCAGGCUCUAACCUUAAAAGCGUUUCCAUAAACUCCAGGCUAGCCAGUUCUCUAGGGAACCUGUACACUGCUUCAGAUGAUGAUGAGAGCAAAAUGACAUCAUUGUCCUCUAGGACAGGUUUUUCUGUAAGUCAAAUCUCCAGCCACUUGAAUGGCAGCUUGCAGCUGCCUCACAGAAAUAACCGUGAACUGAACAACAACUUGUACAACAGAAGCAGCAGUAGUGGCAACAACCUGAGCAGCCAAAGCAGUUCUCACAGCGCCGUGACAGAUGAGUACAGCAUCUAUCAACCCUCCUUUACAAGGCUUACAACUCCUCCAGCACGAUACCUGAGUCGAUCAAUUCCUUCCCUUCAGUCUGAAUAUGUUCAGUACUAAAGCCUUGCUGCUUCGGUGAAACCUGCUGGGCUCUUAAAAAUAUAAGUCCAUUGUGAAGAACUAAAGGAAAGAAACUGCUCAUUCAGAGGAAGAGUCUUCACUCCAAGAUAUGUUAAAAUCUUCAACACCAAGACGAGACUUCCUAACAGCCAGAAAUUUCUGGUUAAUGACUACUACAGAUGCACUAAAGUUGAAUUUAUGGCGAUUACUACCCCAUGUUAUACACAGAUUUAAAACUUUAAUGCUGAGACAGCUUGAGGAUAUUUUUAAUGAGUUUAAUACAUUUAUAACUCAUGUACAGUGUUAAAAUAUGUAUUAAGGGACUAUUUUGAUAAGCAAUACAUGUAUAAAAAUUAUGUAAAAAUUAGAAUAUAUUUUAGCGUUCCUCAAUUCUUUGCUACCAAAAUGUGUAUUUCAAUGAUAUUUUAGGUAUUUAUCUAGAAGAUAUGAAAAGUUGUUUUUAUGAGCAAGAAGGUUUUUUUGUUUUAUGGGUCAUUCAUUGUUGCUUAAAGCCUAAUGUAAUUACUUUUUCACUAGUUGGUCUUGUGAUAACUUAAUGGAAGUCUAACUAGUGAGACACUAAUUACUAUAUGAUCAACUGAAAGCACUUGAGACGUAGUCUGCUUUCUACUUUCAGCUGCUGAUAUCUCAGAAGGAAAACAAAGGGAAAAUGUUUGAGAUAUAAUGCAAUUUACAUCUUCCAUUGUAAAGAGAAAGUAAUUUAGCUGAUGGUUCUUUGAUACAAUUAACGCUUCCCUUAAUUUGUCUUAAAGGAAUGUUUUAACUUUUCAAUGUACAAUGUAAAAUUUUGCUGUGCAAUAUAUACAGCACCAAUAAAGGAAGAUGAAAUUUAAGCUUGAUAAGAAUGUGUAUAUAGAGUGAAUUUGGCAGAGUUGCAUACUUACACAUUUCUAAGCUACGUUUGGCAGGAUAUGUUCAGUUUCAUUAGCAAAGCAUAUGAGAAGUUAAUGUAGAAGUAUAUUAAACACUUUCACUUUUCAGCUGGACACUUCAGAAGCCUGUUUCUUAAUUGGAAUAAUAUUAACUAUCUAGCUAAUCAUGAUUAAUCUGUAUCACAGAACAGUUUUGUCAGUAGUAAAGAUGGUCUUGAAUGCAUAGUUUAAUUGGGCUCAAUUAGGGAUGAAACUCUGAAAGAAAGUGUUGUAGUGAAGAACUAGAGAUCACCUGCUAAUCUUUCAGAACUCUGCAAGUGCAUAGUCAGCAAAAUUUUCUAAACAGCUGUGGUAACUUGAUUUGUCACUCUAAUUCAGAAGGCAAAAACAAAACAGAAUUGUUGCCUAUAAGUUCUGCCAAUGUUUUUACAGAAACCUGAAAAUAAAAUUUGGUUGAAUUGUCAGUCUUUGUUCCUGAAGACCUGUGAAUGACCUGUAUUUGCUCUGCAACUGAAGUUAAGAUAAAAUGGCGCUUUGUUUUUGGAAAAGUUCAGGUCAAAAUUGCCGUGGAAAAUUGCACUGAAAGUGGUAAUAAGCAAUACUGAGAGCAGCUAUAUAAAUCACUGAAUAAAAUUUACAUGCAAUACUGUACUUUAUCACAACUGUGUAUAUGCAACAUAUACACACACUAAGUAGCAUAUGUGUGUGCAUAUAUAUACAAUAUACUGUAUAUGAAUUAUAGUUUAAUGGUAAGGUAAUUCUACCUCCUACAAAGAAUUUUGUCAUGUAUUUUGUUAUAAAUAGCUUUCCUUGAUAAAGUAUUGUUUUAUUUUGAAAUGUAGAUACAUAUAUAUAUAUGACUAAUUGAUAAUAAAAUGCAUA